GAUGGGCUGCGUUGCAUUGGGCAGCCGGCGCUCAGCAAAGUAUGCUGAUGAAGUUCAGCCGCUACCGGCCAAAGCAGCCGGCGCAACGGCCUCAUCUGUGGGCAAGGAGGCGCCAGGAGGCCUGAAAUCACAGCCCUCCAGGGAGCCGAGAGCAGAUGCCGGCCCGGUGAAAGAGGCUCGCCCUGCUCCCACGCAGUCCCUUUUCGUCUUCGUGGGGGUUGACUCCGACUGUGAGGGCCUAGGGCUCAUGCUCAUCGAGGACCUGAGCAAAAGGCUUGGAUCUUCGAGAAGGCUUCGGAGAAAUUUCAAGAGUGCAGAGGUGCGUCUUUCGCGCCUGACAAACGGAGGUUGGGCCGUUCCGGAAUGCGAGGCACUCAUCCCACUAGUCACGCCUCAGUGGCUUUUGACACCGGCUGGCGUUGCAGCGCUACGCACUGUCUUCCGGUUGCGAGCUAUGCAUUUGGGUCCCAAGCUGCUGCCUGUGGUGCACCUUGCCUCUUUUGGUGACGAACCAGAUGCGCUCUCCCGCGCUUUGAAUGCCCCCUCCGGCCAGCUACUUCGGGAGGCUGCCACCACGUGGGGCUGCCUCUCCAGCUCUACGGAUGCUGCUCUGGAGGACACCGCAGUUUGGGCCGCUGGUCGCUUGGAGCUGCUCUUUGCCCCCUUGCCCAGCGGCAGCACAGAGUCCCUACCAGACGAAGGGGAGCUAGAGGAGGAGAAUCCGCCGGCUCCUGUGCAGCCCGAGAAUCCCUUCCGCAAGAGUGCUGAUGCUUCGGGGCUUACGCAGGCGACCUGGCGCAGGUCGAACAAUGUGGUGCCUCUGGCCGCGCACAUCGAAGGGGAGGUUCCAGGCGCCGUGUGGCAGGCCAACCCCAAUAUGGAUGGGGUCAAGUCACCCAUGCGACCUGCCAACAUGCCAAGUCUGCGUCCUGCCGCAGGUGCUCACCCUGCUUCGGAAGAUCCAGACGACGCCACGUCUCGGCUCGUGACUGGAGACAAAGCCUCAAAGCUGCUACGGCAGGCUGCCCAAUCUUCGGCGCGUCAAGUGGCAGAAGACCAGGCAGCUUUGCAGCCGCGGCCACGGCGAGCUUCGGAGCCAGCCAUCGAGGUCGUUGCGAACAAGCGCGUAGGCUUCCAGGCGGGGCAAACACACAGCAAAGACUGGGCCGAGGCCAUGCGCGACGCGCUCGGAGUGCCAGACGACCAGGGGUCCUAUCACGAAGGUGCUGCAAGGUCAUCAUCCAAGAAGCAGUCGAAGGAUGAGCCCCAGCCAGGUCCUGAGCUGCCAACGACGGGCGAUCCUGUGUCGCCGGUUCCUUCGCAGCUGGAGCACAGGACAAAGACGAGCAUCCCCAUCCCUCCUUUUGCCAGCCUAUCGGGUGCAGCUUCGGCAGAUGACUUGCAAGCGAAGUUUCGCGACCUUUGUCCCGCGGCGGCAGCUGCCAACAUGUUUACAGACACGCGAAUUUCGGAGCAGACUCCCUCCAUCUUCCGGCUGUUUCUUGCUUGGCGUGAAGCUAUGGCUUUGGUGGUUGAUGUCCAUGUGGUCGCAUUGAGAAGGGAUCGAGCACAUUUUCGGACACAGCCGGCGUCAGUUGAGCUUCCCCAAAAAGAGGAUGCGGAUGCGCCGCCGCGCGGCUCCCGAAGCCUGGAUGAGUUGUCGUACCUGAUUGGCAACCCCAUGGUGCGGCGCCUCGCCGUGUCAUCGAGGGUGACUGGAGAGUUCUCAGCUGCCCCUGCGCGCAUUUGGGCCCUGCUCACUGGUGCUGAAGGAGGGUUGUCGCAGGCUUGGGUGUCAUUGCAACUCACGGAAUGCUAUGGCAUCCCGUGGCCGCUGCAGCUACUUGAUGUAACAGGUGGCCCCUUGCAGACCGACGCAGAGCUAUGCGGUGUGGUUGGGGCAUUUGGCCAGGAAGCGCGCCGCUUCCGGUGGAAGGUCCUCAAAGCCGACUUCACAGAAGCUGCAGGCCAGCUUGAGAUGCUGGGUAGCGUUGAAGGCGAAGACAACUCGUUCUUGCACACGAUCCACGUUUCGGCUGCUGCUGCCGGCAGCGGAGCAAUUGUUGUGUCAGAGAUUCGAUACGCUCCAUCGCCUCCGCUUCAGACGCUGCUGAAUGCAUUGGGAGGGAGAGGCUCGCAAACUGCUUCCCACAAGUCUGUGCUGCGUAGGCUCGCCGUCUUGGUGGACGGAGACGUUGACUUCGACCCCAAUGCUUUCUACAACCUCAUUGGUCGCCUCAUCGACCUUGUUGCGCCCUUCGAAGAUGGUGCAAGGGCGGCCGUCGCACGAAUGGCUGGCCUGGAGAAGGGUGAGGUCAGUAUCCUGGAGCUGGGAUGCGGCUCAGGCCGAUGGGUGCAAGGUGUCUACGACAGCUCGUCGGGUGUACUACGCUACUUGGGCGUGGACUCCUCCAGCACAAUGGCAGAGGAAGCAGCACGAGCAGUGUCCAAGAUCCCGGCUGCCAGCAUCGUCCAAGCCGAUGCUCGGCGUCCGGGCACCUUGAAGGAGGCGCUGCUCUCGGGCUGUACCGUAGUUUCGUAG